UUUUUCCUGCUUCAGGUUCUCCUCAAAGGAGUAUUGAUCAAAGAAGUACAACUUCAGCUGCUUCUGGUCCUGUAGGCGUAGUAACUGUUGUCAAUGGCGAAUCAAAUAGCCUGGCAUCUGCUCCCUAUCCUCCUGAUUCCCUGGUUUCUCAGAAUGAGAGUGAAGAGGAUGACAAUCUAAAUCCGACAGAAAAGCUUCAGAAGCUAAAUGAAGUUCGUAAGAGGCUGAAUGAGUUACGUGAGUUAGUUCACUACUAUGAGCAGACAUCUGAUAUGAUGACAGAUGCUGUGAACGAAAACACUAAGGAAGAGGAAGAAACAGAAGAAUCAGAAAGUGAUUCUGAACGUGGGAAUCCACAGCCUGUUACAAAUAUUAGAAACCCUCAAGGAAUCAGUAGUUGGAGUGAAAUAAAUAGCAAUUCAAAUGUACAGUGUGGAACUAAUAACAGAGAUGGAAGACAUCUUAAUACAAACUGUGAAAUAAAUAACCGAUCUGCUGCUAAUAUAAGGACUCUAAAAAUGUCUUCUACUCUAGACUGUCAUAAUAGGGAGGAUGACAAAGAUACCGACCUGCCCCAGGGGGAAGAUGAUGAAGUGGAAGAAGAUAGAGCUAGCGAAGAUUCCAUAUCUAGUCACAGAAGCAGCCUGGGUGAUGCUGUGGGAGACGCGGAGUUUGAGCAGAUCAAUAGGCUUAUAGCUGCCAAACAGAAACUUAGACAGUUACAAAACCUUGCUGCUAUGGUGCAGGAUGAUGAUCCAGAACCUCAAGCAACAAUUGCAAGUGCAUCUAAUAUUGGUGACUUGUUUUUGGGUGAGAUGGAAGAGACAAAGCAACAACCAAACAAUGUCCGAGCUAGUACCAACAAGUUACAAAAAGAUGUAGGACUGAAUGAAAAAGCAAGAGAGAAGUUUUAUGAAGCUAAACUUCAGCAGCAGCAACGGGAGCUUAAGCAGUUGCAAGAAGAAAGAAGAAAACUGAUUGAAAUUCAAGAAAAAAUUCAAGUGUUACAGAAAGCUUGUCCUGACUUACAAUUGUCAGCUGGCCUGGGUAACUGCCCAGCAAACAGGCACACUUCACCAGCAACCUCAACUCCAGCCAUGAAUGAGUGUAACGCAGCUGGCAAGCCUUUACUUGAAUUUGAUGAAUCUGUAGCAGGAGGCAAUGAGUUAUGGUCUGAGAUGAGAAGACAUGAGAUUUUAAGAGAAGAAUUGCGACAGAGAAGAAAGCAACUUGAAGCUUUAAUGGCUGAACACGAGAGGAGGAGAGAGCUCGCAGAAACAAUAUCAGCUGUUGCUGCAUCUGUUAAAAGUGAAGGAUCAGAAGCUCCGCGCACUCCACAGCAGAGCAGGACUGAAAAGACAGUGGCUACCUGGGGAGGUUCUACCCAGUGUGCGCUAGAUGAAGAGGAUGGAGAUGAAGACGGUUAUCUCUCUGAUGGAGUUGGUCAGGCAGAAGAAGAGGAAGAAGAUGCGUCAAGUUUGAAUGACAGUUUCUCAGUUUAUCCCAAUAACAACAUACCAGAAAACACAUAUUUUGUUAAAGAAAACAAGGAUAGGUGGAAAAAUUGCCGUCCUCUUUCAGCAGAUGGGAAUUACCGUCCAUUGUCUAAGGCCAGGCAACAGCAAAACUUAAGUAUGCGACGUCAGGAAAACCUUCGGUGGAUGUCCGAACUUUCAUAUGUGGAAGAAAAGGAACAAUGGCAAGAGCAGAUCAAUCAGUUGAAGAAACAGCAUGAAUUUAGUGUCAACAUUUGUCAAACUUUGAUGCAGGAUCAGCAGACCCUCUCUUGUCUUCUGCAGACCUUGCUUACAGGCCCUUACAGUAUGAUGCCAAACAAUGUUGCAUCUUCACAAGUACAUCUUAUUAUGCAUCAGUUAAACCAGUGUUACACUCAGCUAACUUGGCAGCAGAAUAACGUCCAAAGGUUGAAACAAAUGUUAACUGAUCUUAUGCGUCAGCAUGAAGAGCAACAGUGUCAAGAGAAGCCAUCAAGAAUGGAGAGAGCCAGUAGUGCAGCACCACCUCCAUCUCCUCUUUUCUGUCCAUUCAACUUUCCUCCACAACCUGUGAACCUGUUUAAUGUACCAGGUUUAACAAAUUUUUCUUCCUUUGCUCCAGGUAUUAACUAUAAUCCCGUGUUCCCUUCUGGUUUUGGAGAUUUUGCACACAAUAUUUCCCCACGCAGUAGCGAGCAACAGCAACAACAUCCUCUAGAUCAUAAUGCUUCUGGGAAAACUGAGUAUAUGGCAUUCCCCAAACCUUUUGAAAGCAGUUCCUCUAAUGGAGCAGAAAAACAAAGAAGGAGUCAUAGACAACCUGAGGAGGAAAUGGAAAAAAGAUCAACUUGGCUUAAUGAUAGCCAGGAAGUGAAAAAAGAUGAUCAGUCUCAGCUGAAAGCAGGUUUUGCAGUUUCAGUACAAAACAUUGCUUCCAGUCAUAAAAAUCAGUCUGGUAUGAGCAGGAGAAGAGAGUUUGAUGAAGAGUCGUUGGAGAGUUUUAGUAGCAUGCCUGAUCCAGUAGACCCAACUACUGUGACAAAGACGUUUAAAUCUAGAAAAGCAUCAGCACAAGCAAGCUUGGCAUCAAAAGAUAAAACACCAAAAUCAAAGAAUAAGAGGAAGAGUUCUUCUCAGCUAAAAGGCAGAAUUAAAAAUACUGGUUAUGAAAGUGCAAGUGCUUCUAGUGUGUGUGAACCCUGCAAGAGCAAUAAAAGCAGACACUCUGAAGAGAUUGUUCAUGCAAAGGUGUUCAGCAAAAGGAAUCGGGAACAAUUGGAAAAAAUAAUUAAAUACAGUAGAUCUACAGAAAUGUCUUCAGAAACUGGUAGUGAUCUUUCUAUGUUUGAAGCUUUGCGAGACACAAUUUAUUCUGAAGUGGCAACACUUAUUUCUCAAAAUGAAUCUCGUCCCCACUUCCUUAUUGAACUUUUCCAUGAGCUUCAGCUGCUAAAUACAGAUUACCUGAGGCAAAGGGCUCUGUAUGCUUUGCAGGAUAUAGUGACCAGACACUUAUCUGAGAACAACGAAAAAGGGAAAUGCCCCAAAUCACUGAAUUCUGCAACAUGGAUAGCAUCAAAUUCUGAACUCACUCCCAGUGAAAGCCUUGCUUCUACAGACGAUGAGACUUUUGGCAAGAACUUUUCUACAGAAGCAUGUCAAGAUUGUGAACAAAAUGAUGCAGACAAUGGGAGUACUAUGUCUACAUCUUCAAAUUUUGAACCCUUUGCCACUGAUGACCUUGGCAACACAGUGAUUCACUUAGAUCAAGCUUUGGCUAGGAUGAGGGAAUAUGAGCGUAUGAAAAUUGAAGCUGAAAGUACCCUUGACUCUGAGGGCUGCUCUAGUAAUUUUCAGGGUGCUUCUGCUGCUAAAUUAGAAGGUCCAACUACCGAUGAAAGUCUUCCUGUGCCGCAGUCAAGUGAAGUUUCUGCUGUUCCAUGUCCUCGUAUAGAUACUCAGCAGCUUGACCGGCAGAUUAAAGCGAUUAUGAAAGAGGUUAUUCCUUUUCUGAAGGAACACAUGGAUGAAAUAUGCUCUUCUCAAUUACUGACAUCAGUAAGACGUAUGGUCUUGACUCUUACACAACAAAAUGAUGAAAGUAAAGAAUUUGUGAAGUUCUUUCAUAAGCAGCUGGGCAGUAUACUUCAGGAUUCACUGGCAAAAUUUGCUGGUAGAAAAUUAAAAGAUUGUGGGGAGGAUCUUCUUGUGGAGAUCUCUGAAGUGUUGUUUAAUGAAUUAGCCUUUUUUAAACUCAUGCAAGACUUGGACAACAGCAGCAUUUCCGUAAAGCAAAGGUGUAAAAGAAAAACAGAAACUACUGAAGUGAUACAGUCUUAUGCUAAAGAGGCAAAAAAAGGUCUCCAGGUGGAUGUUUGUUCAUCUGCUGAAGAUGUCGAUGAGGACAAAGACAAGGAUGAGACUGAAACUGUUAAUCCAGUCCAGGACUCAGAAAUGUAUGAUGGUAAUGGAGUUCCUCAAAGUAUUAGAUCUGAUGCAUCUGAUCAAGAAGAUGAGGAAAGUGAAAGCGGUCCAGUGGCAAUAAGUUUAUCAAAAGCAGAAACCCAAGCUCUGACUAACUAUGGCAGCGGAGAAGAUGAGAAUGAAGAUGAAGAAAUAGAAUUUGAGGAAGGACCUGUUGAUGUGCAGACAUCACUACAAGCCAGCAGUGAAACAGCAACUGAAAAUGAACAGACUUCAAACCAAGAAUUGAAUAAGACAAAAAGCAGUGAGAUUUUGUUAUCAGAACAAGAAUCUGUUGAUGUUAAAGGUGAACAAGAUGUGGCUACAAUUUUGCCUCAUUACCUCAAUGUCAUGGAGAAUACACCACCUUUAACAGUCAAUGCCCAAGAAUCCUUUGUAACAGCCAGUAUGAAAACAGGAGAAUCAAGCUCACCUUUACCAGUAAAUGACACUCAGACACUAGAUACAACGUGUGUAGGAAACAAAUCGUCUGCUGCAAGUUCUGAAAGCUCCAUGGCCGGCAGCCCUGACACGGAGUCACCUGUGCUAGUGAAUGAAUAUGAAGCUGGUUCUGGAAAUGUAAGUCAAAAAUCUGAUGAAGAUGACUUUGUGAAAGUUGAAGACCUGCCCCUUAAACUUGCAGUGUAUUCAGAGGCAGAUUUAAUGAAUAAAAUGGCAACGGAGGCCCAAACCAACAGUUUGUCUGAUGAAUUACUGGAUGGAGGUGGAGCUCAAGAUCAAGAAUUAGUAGGAGAUGCCCAAACUCUGAAAGAACCUGAAACUUUUGGAGAUCAAAGUGCAUGAGAAUAACCUGAAGAUAUCUGCAUUUAUAAACUCCAUGUAUACAGAUGCAUACGGAAGAUCAGCACUGAUUUCUCAGAAUUCUGGAAGUGUAUAAAAAUGUAAAAUUUUUGACACGCUCCCUCUUAGGAUAGGUAUGUUAACUUCUGCCUGUGGCAGUUUGAACAGCUGGAACUGAAUCCUCUUCUAUUCAGUUUUGCUGCAUUGUUCUUUUUCUGGCUUAAUCUUUUUUAUUUUUUAUUGUGACUUGUUUAGUAAUUUUAAAAUUGUUCAAAAUGGUAGUUUUAAAUAAAGUUUGGACUUGUCUGUAAAUCUGUCUUUCAAAAAACUUUCCUCUGGCUUACAAAAUGGAAUGCAGUUUGUCAUUGGAAGUUAACUGACUAAGUGUUGCCAUGCUUAUA